GUUGUCCCUGUCAUUUGUUGCUCCUGCAGCAACAGGUAAGCGGUGCAAUCCGACACGUGCACCUUCGAGACUCGCGCGUCUCCGUCGGGAGAGGGACAUUCGGUAGUAGCAGGAUGAGAGAGAGGUGACAGGAACAAUCCGAUUACAUUGACACCCUUAUCUGUGCAGGCUAUUUAUGUGCAUACGAACAGUGCUUAGGAGCAAGACGCACUUAGAAGAACCGUCGCAUGCACUGAACAAGGGGGGCUGAUGAAGGUAACCUACAUGGUGUAAAGAUGGAUACUAGUCCUACUAGAAGUAUUGAUGGACAGACAGGUGUGGAGGAGAGCCCUGCCCACAAUGGGGAGUCCAGGCACCGAGGCAGCACCAUGGGCAGCUUCUGCGCCUUUGCCACAUGGCGCUCAUCCUCCCAGUCCUCCCAAAAGGAAGAUCUAGGGAGCAACGUCAGUAAGAGACUUCAUUCCAUUGUCAACUCCAAAUACAAUGACCAUCACAGCACCACAGCAGAUCCCAAGGGCCAACUGUGGGUGUCAGCGGAACCUGACACAACCACCACCACCACCAAUACCGCCACUACCACCUUCUCCAAAGGAGCAGAAGUCAUUACUGCCCCUCCGGCCUCAGAGACAGAGGAGAAUGACCAUGUGGACCAGUCCACCUACUUUCAGAGGCAGUUUGGGGCGCUGCUGCAGCCAGGGGUCAACAAGUUCUCCCUGCGCAUGUUUGGUAGUCACAAGGGCGUAGCGGCGGAGCAGGCCAGGGUCAAAUCCUUUGGAGUGUGGAUCAUCCACCCCUACAGUGACUUCAGGUUCUAUUGGGACAUUGUGAUGCUACUCCUGAUGAUGUGCAACCUGGUCAUCCUCCCCUGGGGCAUCACCUUCUUCGAAGACCAGAAAACUUUGCCCUGGAUCUCCUUCAACGUCAUCUCUGACACCUGCUUUCUGGUCGACCUGGUCCUCAACUUCCGCACAGGCAUCCUAGAGGGAGACGACCAGAUCAUCCUGGAUCCCAAGGUGAUCCGUAUGCACUACCUGAAGACUUGGUUUGUGGUGGACUUCAUCUCCUCCAUCCCCAUGGACUACAUCUUCCUGAUAGUGGACCUGGAGGCCCAGAUGGAGGCUUCGGACGUGUUCCGCACGGCCCGCGCCCUCCGUAUCGUCCGCUUCACCAAGAUCCUCAGCCUGCUGCGCCUCCUGAGACUGUCCCGCUUCAUCCGCUACAUCCAUCAGUGGGAGGAGAUCUUCCACAUGACCUAUGACCUGGCCAGUGCUGUUGUGCGUAUAGUGAACCUGAUUGGUAUGAUGCUACUGCUGUGCCACUGGGACGGCUGCAUGCAGUUCAUGGUGCCCAUGCUGCAGGACUUCCCACCAGAGUGCUGGGUCACCAAGAACAACAUGGUGAAUUCCACAUGGCAUAUACAGUACUCAUAUGCCCUGUUCAUGGCGAUGAGUCACAUGCUAUGUAUAGGAUAUGGUGCCCAGGCUCCCGAGGGCAUGACGGACGUAUGGCUGACCAUCAUGAGUAUGAUCGUGGGUGCCACCUGCUAUGCCAUGUUUCUGGGCCAUGCCGCCAACCUGGUUCAGUCCAUAGACGCCUCCCGACGACAGUAUCAGGAUAAGUAUAAGCAGGUGGAGCAGUACAUGUCGUUCCAUAAGCUGCCGGCGGACGUGAGGCAGAGGAUCCAUGAGUACUAUGAGAUUCGCUUCCAGGGCAAGAUGUUUGACGAAGACAGUAUUCUGGGAGAACUCAGCGACCCGCUCAAGGAGGAAAUUGUGAGCUUCAACUGCCGCGGGUUGGUAGCCAACAUGCCGCUGUUUGCCAAUACAGACCCUCAUUUUGUAACAGUGAUUCUGACCAAGCUGCGCUUUGAGGUCUUUCAACCUAAUGAUUUCAUCAUACGGGAGGGCACACUGGGGCGGAAGAUGUACUUUGUCCAACACGGCUGCGUCACCGUGCUCCCCCGCGGAAAAAAGGAGAUACAGCUUAGCGAUGGAGCCUACUUUGGGGAGAUCUGCCUGCUGACCCGUGGACGUCGGACGGCGAGCGUGAGGGCUGAUACGUACUGCCGCCUCUACUCCCUGAGCGUGGACAGCUUCAACGAGGUCCUGGAGGAGCACCCGCUGAUGAGGAGGGCCUUUGAGAGCGUGGCUGUGGACCGCCUGGACCGGGUACAGGGGCGAGAACCCCUCAUGACUGACUGACACUUAUGGGAACAUAGAGGAGAGCACAGUGUAAACCUCUGUGACAAGAUGGACGGCAUUCAACUGAUAAAGAUCAGACAGUCAAUGGACAAUGGACAUGUUGCGGUUGUUUUUAAUUUGGAAACCUACUUAUAGAAAGUUCUACUUCAAAUAUGUUUAUGAAGAAGCAUAUUACAAUGUAAACAAGUGAACAAACAUAUCAAUGAGCUUCCCUUUUUAACAGAUAAGAUAACAGUAAUAUAAACCAAAACAAAAUGGACACAUCAAAACCAACAGGAAAUUUUUUUAAAAAUAAAAAUAAAUAGUACCCCCCCCCUCCACUCUUCACACCCGGUCCUCCACAUACUGUGCAUAUGGAAAGUAUUCAGACCCCUUGACUUUUUCCACAUUUUGAGUAAAUUGUUUUUUUCCCUCAUCAAU